UACCCAACCCUCUGUCGGCAUCAAAGAGCCGUAGCUGCCGAAAUUAUUGCUUCCUCCCCAAUUGCCGACACGUGACUUGUCACGUGCUCUCUCCUUCCUAUUAUAUUCCCGCUUUCCCAGGCCCCAGCCCGCACCAUACACUUUUCGUGAAAAGAACGAGCCGAGGAUAAAAUGACGGAAAAGUGCCCGGCAGCGGAGCUCCGUCCCCGCCACCAUCACGCCGUCUCCCCGCCGCUCCCCUGGAAGACGCGCUUCUUCAUCUCCGUCCUCUCCGCCGUCACCGACGUUUCACGGCGCUCCGACGGCACCGUCAACCGCCGCCUUCUCUCCUUCCUCGAGCCCCGCUCCCCCGCCUCCUCCCAGCCCGUCGCUGGCGUCCGCACCGCCGACAUCACCGUCGACUCCUCCCGUAACCUCUGGUUUCGUCUCUUCGUCCCCGCCGCCGCCGCCGCCGCCGGCCGGAUCCCGCUGAUCGUCUUCUUCCACGGCGGCGGUUUCGCGUUCCUAUCCCCGGAUGGGCGCGCCUACGACGUGGUGUGCCGGCGGAUCUGCCGGAAGGUUAACGCCGUGAUCGCGUCCGUGAACUACCGUCUCUCGCCGGAGCACCGGUGCCCGGCGCCGUACGAAGACGGUGAGGACGUGCUCCGGUUCUUGGACGGCGGGGGCCUGGCGAGAUCCGACCCCGCCGCCGCCGGUCUGGUGGAUCUCUCCAGCUGCUUCCUCGCCGGCGACAGCGCCGGCGGCAACAUCGCCCACCACGUCGCCCGCCGGUGGGCCGCCGGCGGCGAGUGGAAGACGCUCCGACUAGGGGGGCUGGUAGCGAUCCAACCGUUCUUCGGUGGGGAAGAGAGGACGGAAGCGGAGAUCCGGCUGAAGGGUGCGCCACUGGUGUCGACGAGAAGGACGGACUGGCUGUGGAGGGCGUUCUUGCCGGAGGGGGCGGACCGGGACCAUGAGGUGGUGAAUGUUUUCGGGCCGCGGGCGGCGGCGUUGGAGGAGCGGUACCCGGCGGCGAUGGUGGUCGUGGGGGGGUUCGAUCCACUCCAGGAUUGGCAAAGGAGGUACUACGAGGGAUUGAGGGCGAGGGGGAAGGAGGCGAGGCUGGUGGAGUACCCGGACGCGAUCCACGCCUUCUACGUGUUCCCGGAGUUGAAGGAGUCGGGGAACCUCAUUGCCAAGAUUGCGGAUUUCGUGGAGGAGCAUCGGAAUAAGGAGAAGGAUUGAUUGAUCUCUUACGAAUGGAAUCGUGGGAUUCGUUAAUUAGAAUAAUAUAAUGUAACUCGACUCUGUUGGAAGAUGCGAUUUCAGUGUGGCACUUUGCUUUUGAUUUAUCAUUAAGUGUGAGGUAUGAAGCUGGUAUUGGUUUUCCUUGUUUUUUUAGUAGUUGGGUGAUGAAAAUUAUCUGGUGUGAGGACAAAACCAACCUGAUAGCCUUCUUUGUGGCUAACCAAUCAGGCUCUAUACAGUGUGGAAUCAAUCAAUCCAACUGGUCCUACCCUAGCUACGAUA